AAUCGAUUUCGACUGCUGUAAAUUUUUGACAGUUCUCCAACAUUACCUAACCUAAUAUAUUUUAUGUUUUUAAUUUAGUUGAGAAUCGUUCCAACCAACUCCACGGAAAUGGCUUCAGGAUCGUCGCAGGUCACGGUCCAAGAAUUUUCCAUCAGAGUGCCGAAAAAUGUUCAGCGAAAGUACCACGUAAUGCGGUUCAACGGCAACCUGGGUGUCGAUUUCGGAAAAUGGAGCCAAGUAAAAAUGGAGAGGGAGAACAACAUGAAGGAGUUCAAAGGGAUCGAGGAAGAAACCCCCAAAUUCGGGGCAGGUUCGGAAUUCGGCAGGGAAGCGAAGGAAGAGGCGAGACGUAAAAAAUUGGGAAUUGUAGCGAAAAAAUAUCGACCCGAUGAUCAACCGUGGAUUCUGAAAUGUUUCGGCAGCACGGUCAAGAAAUUUAAAGGCAUCAGGGAGGGCGGUGUGUCGGAAAACACCGCCUACUACGUUUUUACGCACGCGGAAGACGGCGCCAUCGAGGCGUUCCCGUUGCACGAGUGGUACAACUUCCAGUCGAUUCAGCGCUACAAAGCGCUGUCAGCGGAAGAAGCCGAAAUGGAAUUCAACAAACGCAACAAGCACUUGAAUUAUUUCUCGCUCAUGUUGCGCAAGAGGUUGAAGGGUGAGGAGGAUCACGAUUUGGAGGAGGAAGGGGAAAAGGCAAAGAAAACGUCAAAGAAGGACAAGGAGCUGAAGAUAUCAGACAUGGACGAGUGGAUGGACAGUUCGGACGGAAAUUCGUCGGAUGCGGACGAGGAAAAGGAAGAAGAGGAGGAAGAAAAGGCGGGCAAGAAGAAGAAUAAAAAAAACGUCGCGAAAAAGCCGAAAAAGCGCGACACCGACCUUGAAGCCGUGGAGGACUCCGACGAUGGGGACGAGGAGGGCAGGGAGUUGGAUUACAUCAGCGAUAGCAGCGAGAGCGAACCGGAGAACGUGAACUUGGACGGGGUCGCCGAGGAGAAGGGCCUGAAAAAGCUUCUAAAUUCAGACGAAGAGGAGUCGGAAGAUUCAGAGAAAGAGGACCAGGAUAAGGAGAACGACGAGGAGCAGAAGGAGGGCGAGGAGAGCGAGAAAAAGGACGACGAAGAUAAGGAGAAGAAAAAGAAAAAGAAGAAGCAGAAGAAGGAGGCUGGCAAAAAGAAGAAGGAGGCGGACCCCGACGACGAUUUCAGUUCGGACAGCACCACCGACGAAGACAGUAAGAAGAAGAAGAGCGAUAAAAAGCAGGGCAAAAAGGAUGAAAAGGAACCGAGCAGCGAGAACAGCAGCAGAUCCGUGACGCCCACGAUAGACAAUAAGCGGAAGAUCGUGAACGACGCGAUGGCGGGUUCGAGCAAGAAGGCCAAGCUCGACCUGCCGAAUUACAUUCCCGGACUGGCCGAGUCGGGAAUCACCGAAGACGCGGUCAGGAAAUACCUGAUGCGCAAACCGAUGACUACGACAGAACUCCUGCAGAAGUUCAAGUCGAAGAAGACGGGCCUGUCUAGCGAACAGUUGGUCAACAUAAUGACCCAGAUUCUGAAAAAGAUCAACCCCGUCAAGCAGACGCUGAAAGGGAAGAUGUACUUGUCCAUCAAACACUCGUAGUUUACAAAUUUCUUGUGAUUAAGUUAAAUAAAAGAUACAUUACUUAUUCAUGACCUGCAUGUCUUCAUAUUAAGAAUAUUUUUAAAAGAUAAGGCCUUUAUAAAGCAGC